GAAUAAAACAAGGAAACGUUCAAAAAACCGUAAUUGAAAAUAAAAGGUCAACUAACCAGUUCAUGGUAAACUUACAAUUAAGCAAAUGUAUAUAGCUAAGAAUUUAGGCCGUAUACGUAAAAUUAGAUACUUCGUGUCUUAAUUAUUAUGGUUUUUUUAAUAUUACCACCACAGGUAAGAAAUAAAUAUUUAAGUUCGUCAUCAGGCAAUUAGCUUGCAAAAAAAUGAUAUACAAUACGUAUGUGUUUGCAUCUAAUUUAGAAUACAGUUGACAAUCGUGGCUUAGCUUAGCUAAAGCAACCGUCUGUCACUAAAUAAACAAUGUGACGGACGAGUCGAUUUCUAGGUGUCCAUCUGUGAGUUAGAGUUUAUGUCACCGACCUGUCAUAUCGCAAAAUGUGGGACCCAUAUUCGUGUGCGCGCCUCAAGACGUGUUUGGGAGAAGAAUCGCAAAUUAAAUCGAAGUUGCACUGAUUCCUCCAUUUUCGAAAUCAGCUUCUUCGAUCUCUCUCUCUCUCUCUCUCUCUCUCUCUCUCUCUCUCUCUCUCUCUCUCUCUCUCUCUCUCUCUCUUUGCUUCUGAGAAACACGAAUCGCUGAUUUUUUUCUUGAGAAACGAGUUGUAUUCUACUCGUCGAUGGCGAAUGUUGAGAAUCUGAGCUCAGUUCCGGCGUCGGAAGACACGGAGUUUGGGUUUAAGCGGCCGGAGAUGUACAGCACCAACAUCGCCAACUCCAUCAAUUCGUACGGUCGCCAUGUUUUUGUUCUUUACAAGACUCCUGAAGCUUGGCUCUCUCACGUCGAGGAGGAAGGUUUACCUCAGCGUUUCGCGACUUUGCUCAAGGAUCGCAAAUCUGACCUCCUUGUUCAGACGAAGCUGAAUGUAUGCGAAGGAGGUGGAUCUGAUGGAGAUGUGUUGAUUUUUCCGGAUAUGGUCAGAUACAAGAGAUGCUCUCACGUUGGACAGCACAAGUAUGCUGGUAACAUAAUCAUCUUCAGUCCUGAUUCAGCUGGAAAGAUUUUUGGCAAUUGGUAUGGCUAUGUAACUCCUGAUGAUGUACCUGAGUUGCUUGACCAACAUAUUGCCAAAGGUGAAAUCAUUCAAAGGAUUUGGAGGGGGCAAAUGGGUCUGCCUGGAGGUGUACCUGAGAGAGAGCAUGAACAGAAAGUGAUAUCAAACGGUAACCGCGUGGUAGAGGAAUCCUCAGGAGGAUGUUGCCAAGGAUCAAACGGAGUUUCUUGUUGCCAAGACGAAACCCCAAAGCCAAAACCAGUCAAGAAGGAAGGAAAGUGCAACAUAUGGUUUCAGCCUCUUGACAAAGAAGAAAUCUACAUUGGAGCAGCUGUGGUUGGAGCCGUUGCGACCAUAGCCAUGAUUGGUUACACCAUUUUCAAGAGGUCAGGAUAAGGAACCUCUAACCUUAUGCUUCUUACUCUUACGUAAGUAUUUGAUUCAAAACAGAAGCUUUUUUGGAGAUUGCCACGAGAUUAUUGGUAAAAAGAAAACAUCCAUCGAUUCGAACACCUGAGGAAUUAUGUUUUUUUUUUUUUUUUGUCUCUGAUUCUCUUACCAUUAAGAAACAUAUAAACUUUUGGUUUCUGGGAUAUUUUUGUUUUUGUAUGUGUGGAUUUGGUGAGAAUCAACCAUAUCUUCUUUUGUGAACGGGUUCUCUUUCUCGCUUUGGUGCAAUUAUUUUUCCGGCCGUUAAUUAAUUAACUUUGAUUUGGUUCAUUGGUUUGGCUCGGGUUUGUGUGGUUUGGUUCGUUUUGGAACAGGUAAUUGUCAAUCGAUUGUACCGUAAUUUAUGUCUUUGUAGAGUUAUGUACGAUUUUUUUACAUAUUUUUUGGCAACAGUGUGAUUUUGCAAUUUUUUUUUUUUGAAGUGAAUGUUAAAUUAUAUUCAAACCAAAA